UAUAUCCAUCAAUUUAUUAUGAGGAGAAAUCUAAGAGGUUAACAUAAAUAAACAUUUAUUUUCUUCUUUAACAUAAUUUUUUGAUAUUGCCCUAAGAAAAUUCAUUUUUGUUGCUUUCUCUCUUUUUCCUUUACCGGGAAGAAGAGAAAGAAGAACAAAAAAAAAAAUUCACAAACAUACUUUGAUUUCACUCAAAAUUUUAUUCUUUAGUUUUGUUUUCUUUUAAAUUUUACCAUCCCUCUCGAGAUUUUCUUUUCUAGAGAGAGGGAGGAGGUGUUUGCAUCUUAGAAUUGAUAGGGUGGCUUUUUCAUAAUUAUCCAUGGCUUUAUCAUUCCCAAUUGGUAGAGUAAUUUUCUGCAUUUUCUUCUGGUUCUCCCUUUUGGUGGGAUGCUUUGGUGAUGGGGGUAGCAACAAGGAUCCCUCCAAGAGUGCACCUGGUUGUGACAAUCCUUACAAAUUGGUAAAGGUUGAUAAUUGGGUUAAUGGUGUCGCGGGUGAAACUUACACUGGUGUUACUGCAAGAUUCGGUGCAAUACUACCCCUUGAGGUGGAUAAAAGUGUCAAAUUACCUGCGGUUGUGGCAAAUCCAUUGACAUGCUGCUCUGCACCGUCUACAAAGUUAUCUAACUCAGUUGCCCUAGUUGCUCGUGGCGAUUGUUCCUUCAAUGCUAAAGCAAAUAUUGCACAGUCAAAUGGUGCCAAAGCUUUAUUAGUGAUAAAUGACGAUGAAGGGACUAACGAGAUGGGUUGUGACGAUGAUACCCCUGCUACGAAUAUUACCAUUCCUAUCGUGAUGGUUCCCAAGUCAACCGGUGAAAGCUUCAGGAAAGCAAUGCAGGAGGGACAUAAAGUGGAAAUUGGAUUGUGGGCACCUGAUCGUCCAGUCGUGUCGCUCUCAGUUGCAUUCUUAUGGUUGAUGGCUGUAUCAACGGUUGCUACUGCCUCACUUUGGCCAGAAAUAGCUAAAACAAAAGAUACAGAGCCGCGUUAUGAUGAUUUUUCUCCAAAGAGUGCUUCCAAUGGUGCAGAGGGUAAUAAAGAGAACACCGAAGAGAUCAUUAACAUCGAUGUGAAGAGUGCAAUAAUAUUUGUGAUAAGCGCAUCCACAUUUUUGGUUCUGCUCUUCUUCUUCAUGUCGAGCUGGUUUGUGUGGCUCUUAAUUGUACUCUUCUGUAUUGGUGGAGUUGAGGGUAUGCAUACUCUUAUAGUAACUCUCAUUUCAAGGGGAUGCACAAAUCAAAAGAAAGUGACCUUACCUUAUUUUGGGGAAACAACCAUUGUUUCCCUAAUUGUGCUGAUCUUCUGUUUAGCAUUCGCCAUUGCUUGGGCUAUCACUCGAAAGGCCUCAUUUUCAUGGAUCGGCCAAGAUGUUCUUGGCAUUUGCUUGAUGAUAUCAAUUCUGCAAGUGGCUCGAUUACCUAACAUUAAGGUUGCAACUGUGCUUCUUUGUUGUGCAUUUGUUUAUGACAUCUUUUGGGUGUUUCUAUCGCCAAUUAUAUUCCACCAAAGCGUCAUGAUUGCGGUUGCUAAAGGAAACAAUAGUGGCGGAGAAUCGAUUCCCAUGCUCCUUAGAUUUCCUCGAUUGACUGACCCAUGGGGUGGCUACGAUAUGAUCGGAUUUGGGGACAUCCUUUUCCCAGGAUUGCUUGUGGGUUUUUCUCUAAGAUUUGACAAAGAAAACAAGAAGAGCGGAGCAAGUGGAUAUUUCAUCUGGUUAAUGGUUGGCUAUGCAUUUGGCCUGUUUUUCACGUACCUCGGCUUGUAUCUAAUGCAUGGGCAUGGCCAACCGGCACUACUAUACUUGGUUCCUUGUACAUUAGGGGUUUGCGUGGUGUUGGGGCUUAUCAGAGGUGAGUUGAAAGACUUGUGGAAUCAUGGGUCUACCUCUACCCCAACGGCAUCUCUUGGAGGUGCAUGAUUAAUGAAGGUGUAAUUAAACUUAAAUCGGUUUUUUUGACAUAAUGUGAAUCCUAAUGUAAGAUUAGCCACUUAAGCAAAUCUUAUAGGGUGUUUUGAUAACCUUCUUGUAAGUCUAUAGUGGUGACAUUCUUUUGAGUAGACAAAUUUUUGUGUUCUUUUCUUUUUGUAUAUGUAUAUAUGUAGUAUCAAACAAAGCAAAUAGGAUGGUGAUUUUGAGACAAUGAAUGGUGAAGUGAUAUAAUUAGCACCACGAUUUGUACAAUGUGAUACUCCAACUUCAUAUUUGAUCCAAACCAAACGUGUUACUCGACUAUAGGAGUCAAUUCUGACCCACUAUCACUCGAAGUCACUCAACUCAUAGACGUGGAUGCAACCUUUUCAUUUACUAUUGUUAUAAUCGAGUCUGGUAAACUGCGACGCUGUUAAUCUGCGUCUGGACAAUUUUAACGAAGUACUUUAAUAGAAAUAAACAGACUCACCAAUUCGGUGACCGGCUGGCAAAUAACUCUAAAAACGGGUGAUCAUUUAAGCAAUUCACCAAUUCCAAAGAUGGAGCAAACAAAUCUAGAUAAUAAAUAAAAGCCGAAUGAUGAAAACCGUUGCUCCAUUUCAAAUUUCCUGCAACGAGAGUGAUUAUAGGAAGGACAUUUUGGUCUUCACAAUUACUUAUUUUCUUAUUUAUUUAUUCAUAAAAAAGGUAUGCACUGGGAUUUGAACCUUGGUCUCUUUAAAGGCAAGCAAGGAUCAUAACCAAUCACACUAAGUAUAUUUGUUGUAUCUAUUUAAAUUCAAACAUACACGAACCUAAAUUAUGAAAAUCAUAUGACUUUUUUAACAAUUAGUUGGCCACUGAAUCUCCCGUAAGUACUUAUUUGGUGUUUUAAUACUUUGAUUAUUUUAGUUGUAGUUUAAUACUUAAUUUAAAUUUCUAUCUAUUUUAUAAAUAUACAAUAACCCUAAAAUUGCAGCCCAAAUAUUACUGGUUCGAAUAUUGCAUAUCGAAUUGCAAUAUUAAACAUGUAGAAGCAAUAUCGACUUCUUAAAUUAGUAUUAUUUUUCAGAAUUACUAUGGAGAAAUUAUAUCUUUGUGCAAACUAUAUGAGACUGGUUCUUUUAAUGUUUUAGUCGGGAUGACCGCUACAUUUUAAACUUCUUCAUAAUCUGGCAUGAUUGGAUCCAAUGAUCAUUAUACAAGAUUGUGUUUAAUAGGGUGGCUCAUUUCACCACUUUUUUUGGCGUGUUAAUGAAUUUGUAGGACAAUGACAGGUCUACAUCUACACUCAUCACAAUCUACACAUCAUAUAAAUGUGAAAUGAGAAAAGAGGGAUUCCAUUUCAAAUUUGAUGCGUACAGAGCAAUUUUUUAGGGGUAAAUUUAGAAGAUGCCAGUGCGGUCGGUCUGUUGAGCACGAAAGUAAAAAUAUGUUUUCAUUUAAACGGGCCCAAACUGUUAUUUGGCCCACUAAUCCUGCAGCCAUCGCCAAUGCAGUCAAAUUCGGGAUUUUGAUCGUAAAAUCGUAGGAUUUUACUUAGGGAUUCCGAUCUUGAUUUUACUAUAAAAUCGGUGGACCUUAAAAUCGUUUAAAAUCGGGACUAAAAUCGUUAAAAUCGUAAAAUAGUACCCAAAUCGGGAUUUUGAUCUUAAGAGAACAAAAUAGGUGGUUUGAGCCAAUUUAAAAUAAGUAUAACUAUUUCAGCGGAAAGGGCAAUGGAAUCUUCUCAGAUAUUUUUUCUAUUAGAAAAAUAUUCAAAAAUAAUAAAAAUAACCAAAUUAGGGUUCGGUUAAUCUCUUUCCCUUCACCCCAUUUAACUUAUUGGUAAAACACCUGUCCUAAUAUUGGAAGUAUGUAAGAACUAACAUCAUUAUUACCUAAUUAAUUUAUUAAUGAAUA